CUUGAAAUACUUUCACACCACACCGAAAGAAACCACCUUUUAUGAUAUUGAUAUCCCCCUUUUAACUCUUUCACCACUAUUUCCAGACACCAACACUUUCUUUCAUAACUCCAUUAAUGCCUGCUACAACAAGCUCAUGUUCAUGGCCUCCGGCAUGGACAUGGCUACUUCUCAACUUCUUCCUCUUUCUCCCUAAAAUACCCUCAUCCCACGUACCCCCCAUCGUCCCUACCUGCAGGGACAAGUGUGGAAAUCUCACUAUCAAGUACCCUUUCGGCUCCGACUUCGGCUGUGGCCAUCCGGAUUUCGCUAGAUACAUAAAAUGCACCUCCGGCGAGCUCCGGUUCUCCUCCGGCACCGGAAUUUACAGUGUCUCAAGCAUAGAUUACACCACUGCCACCCUCGUCCUCACUGAUCUCUUCAUGUCAACAUGUUCUUCCAUGCAAAACUCCGGCAGCUUUCGCCUGGAUCGGGGCAACCCGUUUACGUUAUCGUCACAAGAUACAUUCAUCCUACUUGGGUGCUCCAGGACUUCGCCUGUGUUCGACCCGAACGAGGAUUUGUGUGAUACGGGUUCGGGUUUGCAUCUUUGUAGGGGAAUGUAUUCUUGUGAAGGGGUUACCGGAAUCGGGUUGGAACCAAAUGCGCCUGUUUCGAGCUGUUGUGUUUAUCAACCCGUUAUAGAUUUCGGGUCGGGUUACUGGUUGGAUCUACCGAAACUUCAGUGUUCGUCUUAUGUUUCGAUGUAUGGAUUCGGUGGUGAUGAAACGGAUCCGAUGAAAUGGCAAUUUGGUAUUUCUUUGGAGUAUAAUAACUCGUAUUAUACUGACACGUGUAAGAGUUGUGAAGCGAGUGGUGGGUUUUGUGGGUUUGCUGGGUUGACUCAGUCCUUUUCUUGCAUUUGUCGUGGUGGUGGGAAUUCGACGACUAAUUGCUUUGGGCGAGCGUAUGCUUGGAGUGGGACAUGGAGACACAAAAUUCAAUCCAAGAUAAGUUUUGGAGGAAUUUUGCUCUUGUGGGUGGUGCUUCUCCUUUAAAUUUGUUAGGGAAUUUGGUACUUUCUUGGUUUAAGAAUCAAGAACGACUCAUUUUUAUUCGAAAUAAAUUAGUAUCUAUUUCAUAGUUUAGAAAAUUAUUAUUUAUUUGGCUUAAAUAUCAAAGAUGAUAAGUUGUGGUC